ACUCUACCCCUUCCCCUCCACUCAACACUUCUCUCUCUCUACUGUAUCUCCAUUUUCACCAUAAUAAAGCUUUUUUCUUCAAAAGAAAUAAAAAAACGAAAAUGCUGGUUCAGAAUUAAACUAAAUUAUUACGAUCAGGCUAAGAAAUCGAAGAUAUUUACCUUCACAUUGCUAAGAGGGGGCGAGGGUAUAUAUGAAAGAAGCCAAUCUGAAGAUUGUACUGUUUUAGUCAAGGAGCGGAGAGGAGGGGGAAGAUGGAAUCCAGUACGCUGCUUGAUUUUGCGGUUUUCCAGCUGUCACCAAAACGCUCUCGAUGUGAAUUGUUUGUUUCCAGUGAUGGAAACACGGAGAAACUGGCAUCAGGAUUAUUAAAGCCGUUUGUGACCCAUUUAAAAGUUGCAGAAGAACAAGUUGCAUUGGCAGUUCAGUCUAUCAAGCUUGAAGUUAAAAGGCGUAAAAAUUCUGAAACAUGGUUCACGAAGGGAACUCUAGAAAGGUUUGUGAGAUUUGUUAGCACACCAGAAGUUUUGGAGCUUGUCAAUAUCUUAGAUGUCGAAAUGUCUCAGCUUGAAGCCGCCAGAAGAAUAUAUUCCCAGGGAGAAGGAUAUCAGUUUAAUAGCACAGGAAGUGGUGGAUCUGGAGUUAUGGUAGCAGCUGAUGCAACAAAGAAGGAGUUACUGCGAGCUAUUGAUGUGAGGCUUACUGCAGUUCGACAGGACUUAACUACAGCUUCUUCUCGUGCAGCAGCUGCCGGGUUCAAUCUAGACACAGUAUCAGAACUUCAAAUGUUUGCAGACCAGUUUGGUGCCCAUCGCUUGAGUGAAGCAUGCAACAAAUUUAUAUCCUUGACAGAGAGGCGGCCAGACUUGAUCAACCCUUGGAAAGGGGUGCAAAGAGACAAUCAAGCUGUUCGGUGCUCUUAUGGAUCAGACAUGUCCAUUGACGAUGACCCUGCUAUUUCCAACCAGCCACCCACUCUGCCCCAUUCUACCAGUCGUGGAGCCUAUUCUAUCAAACAGCAGCGACAUCCCCAGCACCUUGACCAAUAUAUGCCCUCAAUAUGUCAGCAACCGACACCCCUUUUGCAACAUAGCAGAGAAUCAAGCGUGGAAUCAGAAGAGAAGAGUAAGGAAAGGGAUGUCAUUGUUGAGAAAGAAAAGGAAGACGACACUUCUUCCCAGAAAGCCAAAUCAGCUGAGCUUAGUAGACAUAAAAGGCGGCUCAGCGUUCAGGAUCGUAUCAGCUUGUUUGAGAACAAGCAGAAGGAAAGUUCUGGGAGCGUCGGCAAGCCAGUUGUUGGAAAGCUUGCAGAGCUUCAGAGGUUGUCAUCUGAUGUCUCAGCCCCACCUGUCGUUGAAAAGGCGGUGUUGAGAAGAUGGAGUGGUGCCAGUGACAUGAGCAUUGAUUUGAGCGGGGACAAGGACACUGAGAGCCCUCAAUGCACCCCAUCUUCUGCCUCUGUUUCUCAGUCCAAUUCAAAGGACCAAAAGACAUCAGUUUUGACUGAUGGAGUAAGUUUUGGUGCGUCAAAUUCAUGCAAUGUUCCGUCUAUGGUUAGUGAAAGCAGAUUGAAUGAACAGACAGACGCUAAUUUGAGGGUUGCAUACACAAAUGAAAAGGAAGAAGUUGCUGGAGCAGAACGAUUAACUGGUUCUUGUGGGAAUAUUGAUGAUUCUUCUGAAUUUACACCAAAUUCUAAUUCACGUAUCUUUGAUAGUGAUGGAUGGAAAGAUCAAGCUUGCGGGAAGACUAAGUCAAUCUCACUUAUUAGAAGGGAUGAGGAUAAGAGUCUGAAAAAUCAACUGAAACCUGGAGGGCAGUUCCUCACAUCCCCUGAGAGUAAGAGCGACCAAAUUGCUUUGACUUCCAACUCAGAAUUCACAGGGUCCCAAGGGGGUAAUGAGCUUGGUGGGAGUAAAGUCCUAUUGGUUCAUCAGGUUCCUGGCCUGAAAAAUAAUGGUGCUCAGCAAGGGCCUGAAUCUGUGCAGGCCAAGAUUCGGAAUCAUCAGGAGGUACUUGGAUCAAGUAAUCAUUCGGUUUCACAAUUACGAGAUAAGGCCUCUCAAAGGACUACAGAGGACUCUGUGCAGUUGGAUAGUAGUUCUAGAUUAGAAGUUGCAGAAUCUUUUGCUGCUAAAGGCGUCGAAAAUAAUUCUCGUUAUCUUCAAUCAAGAGGGCGAUCACCUGGCAAAACUGAGGAAGUUGAAGAAGAUGAGGUGGCUCCAUAUGAGAAAUUAGCUGGUGCUUCUGCAUCAAAGGGAAAGGAUUUCAGCCAGCAACUAGUGAAGCUUAAAAAACAAGGUGCUUCUGCCCAGCAGAUCAAGAAGGCACAAGAUAGCAGAGCUGAAAGCAAUUCUGGAACUAGCGACGUGCUGGUGUCUGGUAAAGUGUUUAUGGAGGCUCAGGAGGGACCCAAGUCAUUUUUUACAUCACCUAUAGGGCAAGUUCAGAGGGUAAGGCAGUCAAAAGGAAACCAGGAGUUGAAUGAUGAAUUGAAAAUGAAAGCGAAUGAGCUCGAGAGGCUUUUUACCGAGCACAAACUACGUGCCUCUGAAGACCAAUCUAAUUCUACCAGGAAAAGCAAGGCCAGUGACAUGCAAGGCCGGCCAGUUGCAACUUCUUCCAACAGGAAGCCUGUUAUAGAUAAUGCUGUUGUUCAAUUCUCUGACAAUUACAUGUUGAAUGAACCUGCCACAAGUUCUGAUGACAUAGACAGAUCUGCUAUUACUCCACUGACUAAAGAGGCUGACAAUCAGACUUAUGGAGAUGUUUUAAUUAUGACUUCCUCUGACCUCAGUUUUUCAGAUAGUUCUCGAGGAAAAUUCUAUGAGAAAUAUAUGCAGAAAAGGGAUGCAAAACUUAGGGAAGAAUGGAAUUCUAAGAGAGCUGAGAAGGAAGCCAAACUAAAGGCUCUGGAGAACAGCCUUGAGAGGAGUAUAGCUGAGAUGAAGGGCAAGUUUGCAGGAUCCACUGACAAGGAAAGUGCUGUUUCUGGUGCCCGUCGACAUGUCGAGAGACUUCAAUCAUUUAAUUCGAGGUCAAUUUUGAGGAGGGAUCAGCAACGAUUAGUUUUUGAGCAAAGUGAUGAAGAAGAAGCUAUGUCUGAAUUUUCAAAGCAGAAAAUAUAUGAAGACAGGUCUUUUGAUGAAACAUCUAUUGGGGAAGAUGGUUCUAGAAGCACUCAGAACAAGAAACUUUUACCUGUCAAAACUUUUUCUUCAUCUACACCUCGCACCUCAGUAUUAACUGUUCCAAGGUCUGCCGGAAAAGCUGCUACUAAUACUUCAGGUAGACGAAGAUAUCAAUCUGACAAUCCUCUUGCUCAGUCUGUCCCAGACUUCUCUAACAUCAGAAAGGAAACCACCAAGUCUUCUUCUGCAGUUGGUAAAACAACUCGUUCACAAUCUAGAAACUAUACCCGUGACAAAAGCUCCAAUGAAGGAAUAUCUCUUGUCAAAGAGGACAAAUUACGGCGAUCACAAUCCUCGAGGAAAAGCUCUGCCAAUGUGGGAGAAUUUAGGGAAGCAUCUCCUUUGAGUUCAGAGGGUUUUGUGGCACCUCUCCGUUUUGAAAAGGACGAGAUGGACCAAAGUCUCAGUGAUAAAUUUUUAAGGUCAGACUCGAAGACGUUCUUAAUAAAGAGUAAAAACCCUGUCUUCAGCACUAGAGGUGGCCUGACUCAGAAAGGUGCUUCUAUCAUAUCUAAGGUUGAGGGCAAUGAAUAUGAAUACAAUGACAUGGUUGUUGAGCCUGAAGAUGCAUCAGAUAGGGUCCAGAGUAAAGAAGAGGAAGAAUUUGAAAACGCGAAAGCUGAAGUUCAGGAAAACUUUGAUAAUGGGGAGCCAAGACUGAGUCAUGAUUCAGAGAAGAUGGUGACCUCUGGAUCAGAAAAUGGUGAUGUUUUGAGAUCAUCUUCUCAGGUAGACUCUGCUUCUGAAGCUGUAUUGCCUUCUGUUGUUCCUUCUGAGUUUCUUUCUGGUGAAAUUGUACAAGAUUCACUUGGAGAAAGUCAAGGCUCAUGGAAUUUACAUGCUCACCACCCUUUUUCUUAUGCUCGGGAGAUGUCUGAUGUUGAUGCAUCUAUGAACUCGCCUUUGGGGAGUCCUGUGUCCUGGAAUUCACAGUCUCUAAGUCAGACAGAGAGUGAUGCAGCUAGAAUUAGGAAGAAAUGGGGAAUGACCCAGAAACCUAUGUUUGUUGCAAAUUCUGGUCAAAGUCAAUCGCGCAAGGAUACAGCCAGAGGAUUUAAACAGUUACUGAAAUUUGGGAAGAAAAAUCGUGGCACAGAUAACCUAGUUGACUUGAUUUCUGCAACUACCUCUCGAGGAGACGAUGACACAGAAGAUGGAUGUGAUCCUUAUAAUCGGUCUUCAGAAGAUCUUAGAAAGUCAAGAAUGGGCCUCUCGCAAGGGCAUCCACCCGAUGAUAGCUUGUAUGAGGAUGAGUUUUGCAGUGAACAAGUUCAAUCCUUGCACGCUUCUAUUCCAGCACCUCCAGCUAAUUUCAAAUUGAGGGAGGAUCAUCUAUCAGGGAGCUCAAUUAAAGCUCCAAAAUCAUUUUUUUCCUUAUCGACAUUCAGAAGCAAGGCAAGUGACUCAAAGCCAAGAUAGCUCUUUCAAAGGAUAAAACUUCCACUGGGUCAAACGACAAUAUUUACUAGAGAUUGACUACAAUCAGCUGUGUAUGGUGUAUAGUUAGUAUAUCAUGGGGCUUUGAGAGGCCUCGCUUCCACUUAGCUAUCUGUAGCAAUUUUCUCAAAAUAGAGUGUUGUAUAUUAUCUUGAGAGGACAGUUCCCUGUGGGGGAAUGUUAAUGUGAUUUUGUUAGUCAGAGCAUUCUUUUCUCACUUUCUUAUAUACCUUGAUUUUGGGUAAAUAUCAGAAGUGGAAAAUUUGUUCAAAAUAAAAUUUUGGGAGUAGAUGGAUAGCUAUUUGAAACUGCUGUAUUACAGGUUGUGAUAUAAAACAUAUUGCGACGUAUGACCUCAUUGUCUGG